GGGGGUGAUUGUGACUGGAGUGUGACAUCCGAUCUCAUAAAAAAGUUUCGCGUUCGGGGCUGCCAUCCACCACACCCGGCGUCCUCAUCCACUAACACAUCUACAAAGCCGAAGACAGAUCUACGACAUCCCCCCUCAACAUGGCCACUCGCAUUCAAUUCGAAAACCAUAGCGAUAUCGGAGUCUUCUCCAAGCUGACAAACGCUUACUGUCUCGCUGCCAUCCAGGGCAGCACAAAUUUCUACUCCGCAUUCGAGAGUGAGCUCGGCGAUGUGAUUCCCAUCGUCCACACGAGCAUUGGCGGGACAAGGAUAAUAGGUCGGUUAACAGCUGGCAACCGACAUGGUCUACUUGUCCCUGCCACAACAACCGACCAGGAGCUGCAGCACCUGCGCAACUCCCUGCCCGACGCCGUGGCGAUCCAGCGCGUCGAAGAGCGGUUAUCUGCUCUCGGAAAUGUGAUCGCAUGUAACGACUACGUCGCACUCGUCCAUCCCGACGUGGAUCGGGAGACGGAGGAGAUCAUCGCAGACGUGCUGAAGGUCGAGGUUUUCCGGCAAACGGUCGCGGACAACGUCCUCGUGGGAAGCUACUGUGCGAUCACGAACCAGGGCGGGCUGGUGCAUCCGAAAACGAGCGUGCAGGACCAGGACGAGCUGAGCAGCUUGUUGCAGAUACCGCUUGUUGCUGGGACCGUGAACCGAGGUUCGGAUGUCAUUGGAGCCGGCUUGGUCGUCAACGAUUGGUGUGCAUUCACUGGGCUCGAAACGACUGCUACAGAGAUCAGUGUCAUCGAGGCGACCUUCAAACUCCAGGGCCAGGACUCAUCCAAGGUUAUCGGCGAGAUGCGGGACGCGCUCAUCGACAACUGGGCAUGAGAUAUGCUUUACCAUACGGUGUAUUUUGUCGAAGAUGUGGCGCCUUGUAUCGAUAUUCAUGUAACAAGUGGAUGUUCCAAUGUUCGAAUCUCGCAGAUGACUUCGUACCUG